GCUGGGCAGUUGUCCUCCUAGGAGACAGGUCCCCAUCAGUCUGAAACAUGGAGGGCUGAAAAUUAACACUAGGGAAGCAGAGGACAAGGAGGAGUCCUGAGCAGACAUCUGUCCCCACAGCUCAUGUGACCCUGGGAGGAGACCAAGCUCAGAAGAGCUGCAGAGCUGACAUCAGAGUGGCAGGCCUAAGGGGAGUGCUGGGGCUGAUGCUCUUCUCCUCAGAGGGGAACAGAGCCAACACAGAGAUCAUGCAGCUCCUCUCAACCCCUCCCCACACAGGGAACAUCCUCUGGUGGGUCUUUCUGUUCACAGGCACAUUUUUAUCCUUGAGCACAGUCGUUUGUUGCAAGUGGGCGGAGAUUAAUAUAGUACCAAAACAUGUUUUGGAAAGUGAGACUGUUUUCUUACAUUUCAAACAUGGAAUACCAUCGAAUGCUACAGACAUAGAAUGGACCAGAUCAAUAAGCGGUGUUACAUUAAUGCAACGUAUAAUGAAAAUAAACAUAGAAACUAAUCAAACAGAGAAAGGAAACGUAUUCACUGGAAGAGAAACGAUAUACAGAAAUGGAAGUUUGAAGAUACAAAAUAUCCCUCUGGACUUCUCAGGUAACUUCAUGGGAACUGUACGUGUCAAGAAUGAAGAAUCGACCAAAGGACCUAUACGGUUUAAAGUAUACCCUUGGGUCAAAAAUAUCUCUUGCACAAUCAAUGGGACUACAGCUGUGGAGUAUCAAGACACCAUUCAGUUCAGAUGUAAACCUGUAGUUAAACUGACGAUGUACAAAUGGCGGCUUAAUGGUAGGGAGAUUGAAGAAAGUGGUAAUGUCAUCCGGUCUUCAAGUCCCGGAGAACUCACUUUACGUAACGUCACCAGAAAAUUCAAUGGAACCUAUGUUUGUGAAAUCAGGAACCCAGCAAAUAGACAUAGGAGCAAAGAACUGGAACUGAAGAUUAUCUAUGGCCCAGAUUCCCCCAUAUUGUCUCCUUCAGACACUUUAUUCCAGGUAGGAUCAAAGAUAAGGAUAUUCUGUGAGUCAGAGUCUCAGCCAAAAGCACAGUAUUUCUGGACUUUCAAUGGGAAGCCCUGGAAUGCUUCAAAAGAAGUAAACAUCAACAAUGCCACAUUAAAUCAUACUGGAAGAUAUGUCUGCACUGCUUCUAAUCCUACAAGGAAUGUCACUAAUUCCACAGUCAGAGAAGUUACAGUCUAUUCUCCACUGCCAAAACCUCGCCUCAUCGCUGCCAGCCUGACUUACAAAGAAGGAGACUCCAUGAACAUGACCUGUGUGGGAAAUGACAACAGAACCCAAGUAACAUGGCUCCACAAUGGAAACCCAAUGACAGUACACCUUUCAGCCAGGGUUUCACUGUUACUAAGUAGUAGAGUGAUUUUUAUACCCAGACUCAAAAUGGAAGAUGCUGGGAUGUAUCAGUGUGAGACCGCCAACUCCUUCACUUACAACCAGAGUGAACCAUUCUACCUGAAUGUGUUAAGUAAAAAGAAACGUCAACGUCAGCUCUCAUUGUGGGGUAUUAUUGGCAUUGCUGCUCAAUGUUUUCUGGGGCUGAUAGCACUAAUCGUUAUAGUGGUUUUCUGGGCAAGAAUCCCUCUUGGCAGGAAGCUGAGUAAGGAGGGAAGCAUAAAACAAAUGAAGGAGGACAUUGAACGAGUGGAUAAUAAGCCAACCAAACCCAAUGCAACCUCAAAAGAAACUCCAAAAGAAACUCCAAAAGAAACCCCAACAGUGAAGAAACCUCAAAAGAAAAAGAAGAAAGACAAGAAGUAAGAGAAUACUCAGUGAGGACAACUGGACACCAUCAACCCACAGUAGGUCACAGCCCCAUGACAAGUCUCCCAAUGAGGUGGAUGGAACAUCAUAUUAUUUCCUGAAGAUCAGUGCCCGGCAACCCAAACCCCUAACUUCAGUCUCCCCGUCUCCAUCAACAUCAGCAACAGCCCCCUGGAGUGAGAACACGAUGAGACUUGUCCCAUUGG